AGACAUGGGCCUUACUGCGACAAAUUUUCUGCGAGCGCUUUGUGCUAAUAACACUUCACAGUGUUAGAACAAAAUCAAGGGCAACCGUGAUUGUCGCGGGGUUUGUGAAAUGUUCACAGAAACGCAGCGCUCGCGUUUCGCGACAAAACAAUCGAAGUUAGCCAUACUAUUGUGCUUAAACGUAGACGGUUUGACAGAUGGAAAGUGUCGCCAAAAAUUGUCACGGACGAUUUUUUGGGUCGUCUAUAAGCAGUGUAACAUAACAGUUGACAACUAUCAAACGCUUAAGAAAACGCUAGGGGAAGGAGGUAAAGUGUUUCAAGCGUACAGCAGUAGGCUUGGCGUUAGAAGUUUUUCAACACGCAAUGAGCAACCUACUAAGUAUAUUCAACAUGAUACUGGCAAUAAAUCGUUUUCUAUCAAGCGUUUGGUAGCUGUCAGUUGUUAUGUUACGCUCCGUGUUAUGCUGUGUGGAUCCUUGCGGUUACAUUUAAAGUUUUACUGUUCAAAUAGAUAUAGAGCGACAACGUCUCGGGCGACAAAAAGUAGCUCAAUUAGCUCAAGUAGCUGUUAUUCGAUGAAUUGCGAUGCAAAAUUUCACUCUGCAUGCCGGCUUAUACAGGCUUUCAAGACUUUAUUCAAUACCACGUAGCCGGAUAGUCAGUCCUUACUACAGGGGGAUGAUCUAUUCUGGGCUUGAACCCAGGGCGUGUGAUUGAGUCGUUCGAGUUGACGACUGUACCACGGGACCCCCCGUACGUAGAUCAAAGUAGAUCAUUUCACGUAGUCAACCUACUUGUUUUUUUGUUUAAAAACAGAAAAAAUAAGUUAAAAUAUGUUCAAAUGUAAUUUUUUGGGUUUGGCAUGAAGCUGGUUCGUAAAAAAAACUGGGUAAUUUGAUUGAUUCGAAUGAAGCAGAAAUGUCGCGUGAGACAAGUUGCUCUGUUUGUAAAACUUAUUGUUGUUGCUCUAUGUCUAUUUGAACGAUUAGGUAGCGGUAAUCACUACUGCGGGCGUGCGGGCGUGCGUGCGGAAAAAUCAAAACUGUUUGAUUCUGACGCAUGCGGUUUCAAACUGUCAUCCGCUGCGGGUGUCAAAUUCCAUACAUUUUCAGAAAACGCACGCACGCCCGCAUCAGCUCAUCAUGAUAGAAGGAUCUCAACUGUUGAAGUAGGCAUGUAUUUUGCAUGCUGCAUCAAAGAGGCAUCACGAUAUAUAGUAGACUAUGAGUAAAGUUACGUUAAUGUUGUGGAUACUUUGGGCCCUGAGCGCAGAGCCUUGCUACUCAGCCCUGUCGCUAAGUGACGGGUGCUGACGUACGCGUUCGGCUCCCUCCGGCUCUACCCGGAAGCGAAGGGCUCGUGCCGUCGAUCGCUCUCUUGCACCUGGCCCUUCGACCCGAUCGAACAUGAGCGCGCUCCCACGUCGUUUUCGUUCAGUGUGUGAAAUUAAUUUGUGAAAUAAAGUAAUUUUUAAGUCGUUACAGUCAAAUCUAGUGCAAUUCGAAUCGAUUGUCGUCGCCUGCGAAUCGCAUGUGUGCCACUACGAUCAAAUGUGUGCCUUUGCAAUGGAAUACAUGUGACUGCGAUCGUAGCAGUAAUGGAAUGCAACUUUAUUGCGACGAUCCUAUGUAAAAGAUAAGGCCAUCAUACCAAUACACAGGUGUCACUCAGGGCGUGGAUAGAUUGCGACCUUUUGUUGCUCAGUAAGAUAAUGCGUUCGGAUCGUGAAUGUUAGUUGCGAUACACAGUAUUAAAUGCGACCCAAAAUGGUUCGAGAAAUAUCGUACGUUUCCAUCAAAUCUCGUUCUAAACCAGUGAUUUUUGUGCACUCGUUAGUAUCAAAUCGAUUUACGCGAAAAUAUGGCGUAUUGUCCCUAAUUCUGUUGACAGCCCUCGGGCUGCUUUAUUACCGACGAGUUUUGUUUUUCUGUGAUGAUUUGCAGCAAAAGUACAUCCAUCAAACACUACCACUGUAUCAGCGUUCCGUAUCCUUAACGUUUGGAAAUGAAAGCUGGUUACAAGGUGAAGAUACAGGAGAACGUGAUCACUGGCUACCGAUUGGUGAACCGAAAAAAAGGUUUAAAAUAUAUUCAGCUUAUUUUGAUCCCCGGCUUGAGGUGGUUGAGUCCUUCCCUACGCCAGAUGGAUUUCUACCGUUCGGCAGUGUUCGCAUCUUUGCAAUAUUGCCAUUUCACGUACGAAAAGGAGACAUAUUUUGCAAUUUCAGAUCAGAUAACACCUAUGUAGCGCAACAUCAAGCAGACCGGGUUGAAGCGGUUCAUGAGCAUUGGAAUAUGGAAUUUGCCGCCAGUUAUGUGAUAUGCAAACUUGCCGGAAAUAUUACUAAACGCGAAGCCCGCCUACCGGACGAGGUAGCUUUAAGCUAUCUUUCUGAGCCCAGCAUGCGGGAAGCAACCAGCUUUGUUCGUAUAAAAUACCCUACCACGGACCGACUUCUCCGAUCUGCUCCCACCCGAUCAUUGGCUGUUUGCGUUGGUCCAUUGCAUCACGACUUUGCACAUGCUCUUCGAGUGGUGGAAUUUUUUGAAUAUUACCAAAUGAAUGGAGCAGAACGGUUCUACGUGUAUAACAAAUCGGCUACACCAGAAGUAGACACCGUGUUGCGACACUAUCAAGCCGCCGGACUGGUACAGGUUUUGGACUGGCAUUUCGAAGGAUACAAGUUCGAGAGCGAGCUGCGCUACGAGGGCAUAUUUGUGGCCCUAAAUGAUUGCUUUUAUCGUGCUACAAUUGCCGGAGGGUUUAAAUACACAGCGAUAGUCGAUUUUGACGAGCUGCUAUUUCCGACCAGUGAUAAUGAAACGCUUCUGGAGUAUUUGCAAACAAAAGACCGAUACGAUGUGCAUUCGUUCAACUUCCAAGGUGUGUUUUUCUACGACAUCUAUUCGCCUGAUUUCUCAAAGGUUCCACCGUGGGCAAACAAUACUUACCUCUACACACAGGUGCGUAAUGUGCGCACGAAAAACCCUCUUUUACAUCACAACCGCAGCAAAUAUGUGCUGAAGGGUCGCAACGUCUUAGAAGCUGGUAAUCAUUUUGUCUGGAAGGCGGUAAGAGAUACUCACGAAUAUGCCGUACCGGAACAUGAAGGACUUUUGAUGCAUUAUCGCGAUGGCAGCCUGGGCUACGACUUUGAAAACGUUGUACUAGAUAACCGAGUCCGGGAGCGGUUUGGAGAUGCAAUAUGGCGAAGAGUGAAUGCGCAGUGUGCACUUAUCUUUCCUGAGACGACUAUGUGUCCCCUAGGAGAACACUAUACUCGAACUGCAUCAGUUCGAUAAAACAGCAAAUGCAUCACAAGUGAUUUUUGAGAGCUUUAUUUGACUUAUAAAUAACCUUAUGCCUAUAAUGCUACGUACUGGAGGACAUAGGUGGGCUUAGAAGAUCGUUGGUAGUUGGAAAUGAAGAAAAACACACCAUCCCUGGACAGAGAGA